AUGAUCGAUGAUUUGAGAUUGAAAGAUUUAAGUCAGUCGUUCUUCUGCAAUGCAAAAUCAGAGUUCAGCGCAGAGGACUGCGCUGCCCUGGGGUUUAGCAAAGCUAAUUUAUUGUGCUCGUCCUGUGAUACCUUAGCCGAUUUUGGACUCCAAGAAUUAAAAGACCACUGUCGUCAAUGCUGUCACAAAGAAGAGAGUGACUUCAACGUGAAAAAGUACCACAGUGCGCGUUUAGAAGUCUGCACGUGCAAAUUUGGAGCGUACCCGCAAAUCCAGGCCUUCAUCAAGAGCGAGAAACCCGCCCAGUUCAGGAAUUUGGCUAUCCGAUACGUCCGAGGCCUGGAUCCUGUAAUUAAACUCAUGGACAAAGAAGGAAAUGUUCAAGAGGUUUUGGCAAUCGAGCGCUGGGACACUGACACUGUUGAGGAGUUUUUGAAAACCCACUUGGAGCCGGUUGAUGAUGACUCUGCUGAUGAUUUUCUGCGCACCAAUAAUGUUUUUUGAAAUGCUUCAACCAUUGUAUUUUUUCUCAUUAAAAAUGUAAGUUUAUACCACUUAAAUAUGAAGGUCAUUUCAAAUCAAAAUUUGUAAACAAAAUUUGUGGAUAUAU